AUCAUCAUACAUUUAUUAUAAUAUGACAAGCUGCAUUAUAAAAGUUUUAAAAUUGAUCCAGAUUAAUUAUUCUUAGAUUGUCUACCUCUAUUCAUUAAUAUAUGUUAUGUUUGUGACAUAUUGUUGUUGUGAUAUUUGGUAGUGUCUUAGGUCAAAUCGCUGCAAUUACAUAUACUUAAUUGCAUACGCGCUAUUCUUUUGGUUUGAUAUUCAGUUACACUUUGGAAGGUCGUUGAAUGCUGUUUAUUCUGUAGUAAUAAACAGCAUCAUCAAAUUCCUGUAGGUACUCUGAAGUGUAUUUUGCAUCAACAUACAAAUUUGGAUGUAGUGUGUUGUAUUAAUCGGGUCAUUUUCAUACUGUUAAUCUUUUCGAUAUCGCCAUGGAAAUAUCAAAGUCGAAGAAGGAUGCUCCGGAGGUGACAUUUGCCAAUACUCAAGACGUGGAAUAUGAGAACGCUUUGCCUGCUACGGCAUUCUCGGAGAAAACAAGCCCACCUACUUGGAAGGACUGGUUUUUGAACCUUGAUUGGUGGCUUAUUUUAUAUUUCAUUCUUUGGUAUGCUCAGAAUGCGUUAUAUGUUGUAUUUAACAAGCUUUUUUUGAAUUCAGUUCCUUUACCAUGGACUAUUAGUGCUUUACAACUACUUGCUGGUUGGUUUUUUAUGUUGUUUUAUUGGGGGCUGAAUAUUAGGUCUAAGCCACACUUUGACAGUUUGAAAAGGUUCUGCAUUUCCUUCCUUCCGAUUGGUGUUUGUCAUUUUUUCGUCCAUGUAGGUUCUGUCAUUUCCAUGGGUCUUGGGGCCAUAUCAUUCACUCACAUUGUUAAAGCUUUGGAGCCUGUGAUUACUGCUGUGCUUUCCAUUAUAUUCCUUCGUGAGUUUUUGAAUCUUUAUGCUUAUUUGUCCCUGAUUCCUAUUAUUGGCGGUGUGGCUUUAGCAUCUGUAAAGGAACUUGAUUUUAACGUGCUUGCAUUUUUAUUUGCCAUGUUAUCCAAUAUAACUGGUGCGAUGCGUUCUAUUUUGGCUAAGAUUACGAUGAAGAACAAGGCGGAGAUUGGAGAGAAUUUGACUGCUAACAACAUAUACAUGAUAUUGACUUUGAUUGCUUCAAUUUUUGCACUUCCCUGUGUAUUGUUUAUUGAGGCUAAUCAAUGGGUUCCUGUUUGGUUGGAGUCCACUGAAAAUAUGGACUCCUGGGAUAAGACAAAAAUUAUCUUUUAUGGUAUCGCAUCAUCAUUUUUCUAUUUUAUGUCUAAUGACAGUGCCUUUUAUUGUCUUGGGCAGAUCAACCAGGUUACGUAUUCGGUGGCCAACACGGCUAAGCGUGUGUUGCUUAUUGUGACAUCAAUUAUUGUUUUCAAAAAUGAAGUUACGUUAUUAGGCUGUUUAGGUAUGGUUACGGCCGUCUUAGGAACAUUCUUGUAUUCGCUUGUGAAGUAAACAUUGGGAUUGCUACUCAGCUAACAAUUUGAUUAAUCUUCAAUUGGAGUUGAUUGCCAUUACGUUAACUGGUGGAAUGUACACACGACCCACUGGACGAAAUUGUUACGGGUCACAUGUGGCAUCAUAUUGCUUUUAUCGCCAUAAUGAUCGUUAGUGUAUUCCUGCGUCACUUGCGAAUAGUGCAGGUUAUAAGCGGACCAUAUACUCACAAUCGCAUGAGUAAUUUCUCAGGGUUUGCCUGUGUUCACUUUCCACU